AUGACAUCCCCAAGGCAUUUCGACAUUGUUCUUCUGGGUGCAACGGGAUAUACGGGGAAGCUUUGCGCUGAGCACAUUGUGCAGAAUCUUCCCACAAACUUGACAUGGGCAAUUGCUGGACGGUGUAUCGAGAAACUCAGCGUGCUUGGGGAGCAAUUGCGAAAACUUGAUCCCGCGCGCAAAGGACCAGUGAUUCUCAACUGUGUCGGGCCGUACCAUCUGUACUCGACGCCAGUUGUGGAAGCUUGUGCCAACAAUGGUACUCAUUAUUUUGAUGUUUCAAAAUACUUACCGGAGAUUCUGAUCCAUAGGACCGGCGAGAUGCCGUGGGUUAGAGAGAUGAUCGGGAAAUACCACGAGAAAGCUAAGGAGACAGGUGCAAUAAUAAUAUCAGCAGACGGAUUGGAAUGCGCCCCCACAGAUCUACUAACCUGGGCACUGGUCAAAUAUGUCAAUGACAAAUUCUCUGUCCACACCAAGGAAGUCAUUAGUUCUAUUUAUCAGCUGAAAACCGCAGGCGUGAGUGGCGGAACCUUCUCAACCCUCAUAGGACUGGUGGACAAAGUGCCCCUGAAGGAAUUAUACAAGGCACAGGACCCUUAUUACCUAUCCGCCAGCCAACACAAAAGAAAAUAUUCGGCCCCUCUUCUUCAACAAGUACUUGGUGUCCGCGUCGUGCCUGAGCUAGGCACGAUGACCAGCUACAUCACCGGCCAUUGCGACGUCGCCGUCGUUCACCGUAGCAGCUCCCUAAUGCCCGAGCUGUACGGGCCGCACUUCCACUUCGAGUCUUUUGCGGCCGUUCGCAAUGCCCUGGUCGGAAUCAUCUUGCACAUUUCAACCAUAUUUGGAGUGCUGGCGCUCACAUUACUACCCGUGCGUUGGCUGGUGAGGAAACUCAUCUACGCACCAGGCGACGGGCCGGAAAAGCGGAGAACUACGGAAAACAGAAUUGAGUAUCGAGCGAUCGCAACGGCCGAAGAGAGGUCUGCUGAAGGGAAACCUAUCAAAGUACUGGGGACGUACAAGGCAAAUUGCGAUGCUUAUGGAAUGACGGGAGUGUUGCUUGCGGAGGCGGCUAUGGUUUUGUUGACGAGUGAGAGGAUGCCACGGGAAUUAAAAGGUGGGUAUCUGACACCUGCGAUGCUAGGGCAGGAGUAUAUUGAUCGCUUGGAUAAGGUUGGGAUCACGAUUCAGAUGAAUGUUUUGGAGGCGUAA